CUUCACAUCCGGGUACUGCCGCUCACCCCUGACGUGACCCUGCAGGAUUGCAAACAUGGCGGAGCCCUCCCUCGGGAAUUCGAGCCCAGGAGGUUCAGCGGGUUCCGACGACCAUGAUUUCGAUCCGUCAGCUGACAUGCUUGUUCAUGACUUUGAUGAUGAGCGCACCCUCGACGAAGAGGAAAUGUUGGCAGCAGAUGAGACCAAUUCCAAUGAGAUUGAAGAUCUUGCACAGGAGGCAGAGAUGCCCAUACAUCAGCUGCUGAGUCUUUAUGGUUACGGGGGCAGAUCCCCCGCUGAGGAAGAGGAGGACGAUGAAGAGGAGGAACCAGAGGAAGAGGAUGAUGAGGAAGAAGAUGAAGAGGAGGACCUUGACAAUGAUGAAAGCAGCAGAAGCACUGGCGAGUUGAAAAGGAAUGAGGGGGAGGAUUUCAAGCCGGUUUCAGGACAGGGGAGUGAGGCGCCGGCCAUAUCUGAAGGCCGCACGCGCUCAGUCAGGUCGCUCGGCACCGCAGAUCUCAUUCGUCCCCAGAAACUCAAGUACUUUGAAACUAAUAACGAUGCUGAAGAAGAGUCGGAUGAAGAUGAGGAUUACGUUCCAUCAGAAGACUGGAAAAAGGAGAUUAUGGUGGGUUCCAUGUAUCAGGCAGAGACCCCUGUGGGCCUGUGUAAAUAUAAAGACAAUGAGAAAGUGUAUGAAAACGACGACCAACUACUGUGGAAUCCUGAAUGUCUUCCUGAGGGCAAAGUUGUAGAGUUCUUGACAGAAGCAUCAAGGCGGACAGGGGACGAGACGGGGGUGGACGCAAUCCCAGAGGGAUCUCAUAUCAAAGACAACGAACAGGCAUUGUAUGAACUGGUGAAAUGUGACUUUGACACAGAAGAAGCUUUAAGAAGACUGAGGUUUAAUGUAAAAGCGGCCAGAGAGGAGAUAUCCGUCUGGACCGAAGAGGAAUGUAGGAACUUUGAACAAGGACUAAAAGCCUACGGGAAAGAUUUUCAUUUAAUACAGGCCAACAAGGUGAGAACUAGGUCUGUAGGAGAAUGUGUGGCCUUUUAUUACAUGUGGAAGAAGUCUGAGCGUUAUGAUUUCUUUGCACAGCAAACCAGACUUGGAAAAAGGAAAUACAACCUUCACCCCGGUGUCACAGACUACAUGGACAGACUGCUGGAUGAGACGGAGAGCGCCACCUCCAGCAGAGCCACCUCGCCUCCGCCCACCACCUCCAGCAGCAGCGCCAGCCACUCAGAGCGAGAAGACAGCAGCAGUCAGAACGGCGUUGCGAGCCACCUCGUGGACAGCUUUCAGUCGCCGCCAGCAAAUCAAGUGAAACCUGUGGAAGCUCAGUCCAACGGUCCCUCUCAACCAGUGGCGGCGGGGGAAGCCCCCCCGCCAGUUCCGGACAGCAACUCCAACGGCUGCAGCCCACCGGACGCGCCCGGCCACAACACAAACGGCUCCCUGGAGCCUCCCCCCGACCACAAAAACACAGCGGCGGUAGCACACGAAAGGCCGGCCAAGAGGUGCAGGACAGAGGCCGAGCCUUUAGGCCAGAGCGAGAUGGAACCAUCCAGAACACACGAGAACUAAAUGCCGAGGGGGGGCUCGGCCGCGCAGACUCGACACACGCUUGACUCACCAAACUUCCUCUUUGGAAAAAAAGAAGAAAAUAAAAUAAAAGUCUGGCUUCGAGAAGUGCAAAGGUCCCCUAAAAUCACAGCCAACCAAACGGCAGCCAGUCACGCCGGGCGGUGAGAAGCCGCCGCCGCCACGCCUCCUUCCCAUCGGCGUUCUGUCCUGUCUGCCAGACUCACUCCACGGCCACACAGCGACAUUUCUCUCUACAAAAAAAAAAAAAAUACAAAAAAAAAAAAAUCCCCUUCAUUCCUUUUUUGGAGACGGAAAAAUUUUUUUCCCUAGAAUUUCCUCUUUUUUUUUUUUUCUAUUUGUACUUAAAAUAAAUCACCAGUGAUAUUUUUUUACACUAGAGAUAUUUAUAUUUUUAACCAAAAAAAUAAAGGAAAAACACACAAAACAUCGGAAUGGGUUUCUUGCUCCCCAAACCAUUCCCGUUUAGGAUCGAGCAAAACGGGCCACGCGAUGAAAUGAUUCUGAUUGUAAGUUUUCACGGAGACGCUAAUCGGACAAAGACGGGAGGAGCAGGGGCCGCCGUCCCCCCCCCCACUGGCUCGCCGUAGUUGCACUUUGAUCGCUUCCCGUCAUUAUUAAAGUGGAGUGACCCCCCCACCCAGCAGAAACGAUGUUCACUCCCUCACUUCUUUUUGUCAGAGCCGUUUGUUGGACUGAUGAAUAAACCCAGGGGUUUGUUUGCGAAAAGCCGCUGACAUCAGUGAUGUCCUGUAUAUCAACUCAUCAUGUAGAUCUCUUUUGUCAUUUCGAAUUUUCAUAGUCGGUGCUUCACUCAACGCUUUGUUUCUACUAGACAGAAUGUUUGUGCUUUUUUUUUGUAAAGUUUGUAUAGAUUUCUUACCUUGAACAGUUGGUACAUUUGUCUUUUUUUCUGGUCUUCCAUGUAGGCCGUUUCUUUCUUUUCUUUUUUUUUUUGGGAGGGGUUUGGGGGAAGGUUUGUACUGUGCUGAUGCUUCUCUGAGAUGGAUGAUGUAAAGAAGCCAUUCCUUUCUCAUAGUUUGGCCGUACUUCCAGGUCCCGAGCCCCUCGGUAAGAAAGCUGGUCGCAGAGAAGCCACUUUGUGAUUGCUUGUACUUGCUUGCCUUUCGGUUUUAAAUAAAACAACUCAAUAAAACAUCUCGUUGCUUUGUUUCAAGUGUUCUUAAGCAAGUGGCUUCGGAUCAGUUUCAAACAGACCUGGUUGACAUGAUGGUUUGAUCUUG